AUGACUUUCAUUAGCAAAACUGCGCUGGUUAAGCAAAUACCUGAAGAUGCUUCCAGGAAAAACUGGAAUUGCAGUCUUGGGAAAGAUAUUUUGAGAGAAUGCUCGAACAAGUGUUUAAACAGCAAGAAUGUGACCAGUUUACACGAUGGCUCAAAUGGAACGUGCGUAUGCUCUGGAAGACCACAGCAAAAUGACACAGAAUGUUACAAUGAGCUACAGAUUAUAGAUUAUACAACAAAAUCUGACACAACAGAACCUGGAGAACGGCCUAUAUUAUGUAUCGCGGCAGAAAUGAUAAGCGGGACCAUAACAUUUCAGCUGAAGAUUGUGAAGAAUUCUUGCAACCGCUCUGCUUGAAAGAAU